CCGUUGCUGUCGGUUGCUGUUGCCGGUGAUAGCGGCGACGACAACAAAGGCUCAACAGAACUCAACAACUGAACAACCAAGAGACAACAAGAGAUUCGUCUGCUGCCGUCGCUGGCCGCUGUCUGUCUGCUCGGCGACCACCAGCUGAUCAUGUCGCCGAUUCCCGUACUCGUCAAAUUUGGGCUUUUGCCCGAAAAACACACAGCGUUCUUUCUGUGUGAUAUUCAAGAAAAAUUCCGGCCCGUAAUGCUUCACUUUCAAGAAAUUGUACAAGUUGCAGAUAAACUGGUGAAAACGAGCAAGACGUUGGGUGUACCACUGAUAGUUACAGAACAGAACCCGCAAGGAUUGGGGAAAACAGUGCAGGAGCUCAACGUCAGUCAUGCUGCUGGUAUUUACAGCAAGACAAAAUUCAGCAUGGUCGUCCCUGAAGUUGUAGCUCAGUUGAGUGAACUUUGCACUGGCCAACUUCAAUGUGUCGUUCUGUUUGGAAUGGAGACCCAUGUUUGUGUGGAGCAAACUGCUGCAGAGCUCUGUGCUCGCGGUUUCAAGGUUCACAUUGUAGCUGAUGCAUGCACUUCACGAUCUCAAGAAGAGCGCUUAUUGGCUUUUGAGCGAAUGCGGCAGAUGGGUUGUUUCAUCACAACAGCUGAAACGGUCAUAUUCAAACUUCUAGGAGACAAAGAACAUCCCAUGUUUCCGCACAUACGAACCUUAAUUAAGAGCCCUACGCCAUUCACAGGCCUUUCUCUAUCACCAAACCCAACAUGAAACUUUGGUAUGGAAAAACAAAACAAACUGCAAGAAUAAAAUUUUAAGUAUGAUCUAUAAGAAAGCAAUUGAAAGGUUGCAAUUCAAGAAA